AUGCAUUUAGCUUAUAGAAAAUCUGAAUUUGGAGAGAUAGCAAUAAGAACAGAUAAACCAUUUUAUUUUGCAGGCGACUUGGCUAAAGGUGAAUAAUUUAUAUAAACUUAGGUAAUAUCUAUUUGAACAUUUGCAAAGAAGGUUAUUAAGGAAAUAUCCUUCAAUUUACAAUAGUAGGAAAAGAGAAAACUGAAUGGGAGGAGGGAAGAGGUGAUGAUUAAAUAACUUAUAGAGGGAAAAACAAAUUCUAUUCUUAAUCAGUUCCAAUUUACAGAUUCUAAAAUCAGAUUGCCUAAAUUGGAUAAUAUGUUUUUCCUUUUCAAUUUUAAUUACAUCCAAAUAUUCCUGGUUCAUUUGACUAUAAAAAUAUUCAUGAAAAUGGUUCUAUAACCUACAAAGUGAAAACAAAAUUUACAUCAACAUAACAAAAUAAACCAAGUAUGAGAAGCAAAUAGGAAUUCUUGGUUAGAGAACCAAUCAAAUAAGAAGUGAUUGGUUAGCAGUUGGAAAGAACCUCUAAUAUUUAUGCUUGUUGUUGUUUUAAUAAAGGAGUAUUUAUAUUAGUAUAAUUUUAAGACUUCAAGACUAAAAUGUUUCUGUGAUAAGAAUCAUUAUCUGCAAGGAGACACUGCUUUAUUGACUAUGGAGAUAGAUAAUUCGAAUUGCAAUUUGAAUAUUGAAUAUUUUGAGAUUGAAUUAAUAAAGUAGUUGAUAUUAAAAGCUGAUGCUAAUACACAUAAAAAUACCUAAAAAAUAUUAACAUAAAGAAUUCCAGGAAUUUAGGCUAGAUCUAAACAAGUUGGCUCUGAAAGCAGAAUUAUUUAAUUAAUUCUGAUGAAUCAAAAAAGACCUUAACUUGUAUUAACUCCUACAACUAAUGGUACACUUUUGAAUCAAUAAUAUUAUCUAAAGGUUAUUCCAAAAUUUUAAGGUAGCUUACAUUCAUAUUUAUAAGGUUGUAUUUGUUGUUCAGCAAACCCUGUCAUAUAGUUCUAGAUAAUAAUGUUAUAUUUGGUUCCACCUGAUUACAUAUAACCACUUCAGUAACCAUCUGAUUGGAAACCUUAAACAUUUGAACCUGUUUUGAUAAACUUUGAUUAGUAGAAUUAUUUAAAUAUUGCAAAUAAAUAAAUGCAAUAAAAUGACCCUUUUAUGAAUGAAAAGUGA